AUGGCUACAGAAGGUGGAACAGUUCCUGCAGAUACCGCCAACAAUAAACCGACGACACCAGAGACAUCACCAAAGCCAGGUGUCGGCAGUGAUGCUUCGCACGUACUUCUCGACACUCUGAAGAAAGACCUCCAGCUUUCCUCCCUGAGGGACUAUGCCGUGCAAGCAAACAAAGACGAAUUGCUGAAAUAUGUCAACGGCAACAGCGCGCUCUCACGUUCGCUUGGAACGGCCCUUUUCCUGGCCCAACCUACAGGAUUCAUCCAAGGAAUGGUAAAUCGAGGGGAGCUGUUGACAGACAAUGAAGCCACAAGGACCGACCUAGUUUCGGUGUUGAAACGAUUGGACGACAAUGCCCUGGCAUCAGCACCCUUGAAACGAAAGUUACUCGAGGACGCGCGCCUCAUGGACGGUAUCGUUGGCCCAAGACGACAGCUCAUCUUAGACCAGAUUUUGCGUUUGGGCAGGCUUCAAAGCUUCAGCCCUACUCCAGCAGCUCUUGUUGCGCUGUGGACGGUCGGUGCCUCGUCUGCAGCUGCUGUUUCGCGUGUUUCGUUGCCCAAUCUAGAGGCGACGCUUCCGGGAUUGUCCAAAGAUGAGAUCGCUGAGAUAAAGCGUUUGGCGACCUUCAUUACUCAAGCAAAUCGAGAGCGGGCAUUGAAUAUUCGCUCCGCUGCUAUGUCUUCAAUGGCCGAGCCGACUCUUGCUGUGGGCAAUCGAGCUUCGCGCGUACGCAUAGUCAGAGAUAAGCUGAUACAGUACGGCAUGAAUCCUGACUUGGAGAGCCUCUUGGGACCACUUGACUACCGAGUCAUAAAUGAAAACCAAACAGUCUACAGCCCGACUGCAUAUUUCGUCGACUUACUACAUUAUCUCCAAGUACCAGCAAAAGGAAAGUACAAGUUUGACAAUAGUCCGGCAGACGUGGAGGCCGAUAUCUCUGGUACCGUGCUGCAACGACUUCACCGACGUAGACCCGACCUUUUGCAUAUGGACCUCUCGGCGGACAAUACUACAACAAUCCUUCCCUACAUAGAUCUGGUCAAUGAAGUGUUAGAAUCCUUCGUUGUUCACCUGCCGGAGUACAAGAAGGACGUAUCCCAGCCCCGACAAAACAUCAUUGAUGCAUACAAUGUGAAUGGUCGCGAUUCGGAAGACCUUCUCUCCCAACCCCAGAAUUUCAAAAGUGAGGCAUAUCGGCAACUGGCAAGUGCUGUUUAUCCAACCAGUCUUCCUUAUCAUCAGCCAUUGGACGCACAGCGCGCUUUUCUCUCCUUUCUGGGAGUCACUAGGGCUGAGCUUGUCAAAGAAUUUCGACCGAAAGCUUCCGAGCUCAUCGAUGGCACCAAACGCCUACAGCUUGGAAAAGGUCAAGCUGCCAUUUCUCACAAGCAUGAUCAGAACGAUGUGGACGACGACGCCGACGAGCGCCUGGUCAAACUCCAAGAGCGAGCUUUACGCGCUCAAGAGUAUUGCGAAGUACUUGGAUUGUGCCAGGAAGAAUUUCUCAUCUGGACCAAAGGCGUGUUCUGGCAGAAGGAGCACUUCGCCCAUACUGAGGGCCUCAAGGAGGUCGCAGAUGAGGCGUAUCGUCGUCGAAUCGGCCUUAAAGAUCCCUGGCAGUACUGGGGAUUCAAGACCAUUCAGGAACUCACGUCUGCAGAGUCGGGCGCCAGUCUCGUCAAAGCGGAGCUCCUGCCCCGACUGGGAAUCAAAUACGCUGACCUACUCGAGAUCAUCCAGACCAAAUUCUGUAAUCCGUGCUUUCCGACUGGUCGAGACAAGCUCAUUGUGGAAGCACUUCAUCUCAGCUAUCGACACUUGCAAUUAUAUACAGACACGAAUGAUGCGCGGUCGUUCGAGAAGAUGGCACAAGCACUUUCUUCGAAUACUCAGCUGAUGAGAUUUUUCCCCAUUGAUACUAAAUCUGGACCAAUUGCGUCUGGUGCUAUAGCGCCGCACAUCUUAGCUCUCCGUAAUUGGCUAGCCAAGCACUUUGCCCUCGUGGGCAGAAUGGCCGUGUUGGAAAAGGGCGAAGGCCCUAAGCUUCGAAUUACGGGGGACAUCUAUGCUGCUGGAUCUAGGGAAACGACUCUUUUCGGUACUCUCACAUCCGAUGGUCUCAUCAGAAAGCCAAGCGGCGAGCGUGUAGGCUCCGUCGAUGUCGAUGGCCUGGUGUCGUAUGGCGCUCCUUCACAAGACUACACACUCAACAAUGCCUUUCCGGAUUACAGCUUCACCGUGAAAGCUACUGACGGGAAGACUUGGCAGAUUAUCCAAGGCGUGCUCUGCAAAUCGUCACCUUUGGAGACAAACGACCUCUGGGUGCAAGACGCCACCCUCGGAGGCACUGCCAACAUCGAUCAUGUGCGGUUGGUACAUCUCGAUGGUUCGCCGCUUUCGGUCGACGAAUGGGACCGUAUUCAUGUUUUCACCCGAGUCUGGCGCACCCUUGCCUGGUCUGUUCAAGAAGUUGACAGGGCUCUGAGCAUACCACUUCCAGCGACAAGCUCUAGUGACCCAGGCCCUUCUGAUAUUCCCGGUGGUAUUAAUGCGGACGUUAUUCAUACUCACGAUGAAGAUGCAAUCAAGUUCAACGACUUUGUUGACUCGGAUUUUUCCAAUAUACCCUCCGAGGACGAGGAAGAACAUGUUCACGCGCCGGCUGAUGUUUCAUUUGGUACCGUGGAGCAGCUGGCUGCGAUCAAGCGCAUUGUCGAGCUCACCGGCGUUUCAAUUGAGCAGAUCCUGACUUUGUGGACACCUAUAACGGCAGCUGGCCCGAAAUCUCAAUACGAUCGGCUUUUCAACCGCCGUAAUCUUCGAGACAUUGAUAAUUCGUUCAAGCCUGACAACAAUGGCAAUUAUUUCACUGACCCUUCCGUAACCAUUACUUCUCAAAGGUUGACAGUGAUUGCAGCUCUCAACAUUCGCAACACCGAUCUUGACUAUCUCCUAGGCAAGACUGCGGAUGACAAGGAGAGGAAAUAUGCUAUCGAGGACAAGCUCAAUCUCAAGAGUAUCUCACAAAUCUACAGCUAUGCCUUGCUGGCCAGGAUCCUUUCCGUCAAGAUCAAUGAUUUGUAUCAGAUCUUCCAAGGCUUUGGUUCCGGGGCUCGCGGGAGCCCCUGUCGGACACCAGCCGAAACCCUAAAUUUUCUUGAACGCUGGCGCAAAAUUGUCGACUCUGGCAUCCCGUGGUCGGAGUUGCGUUUCGUCGUGGAUUCGGUGUCAACGCCUAAUGAUACUUUGGCGCUGACGCAGAUCGGCUCACUCAAGAUUACAAAGCAACUCGUUGACGGCGCCUUGGCUAUUCAGAAAGAAUAUGGCCCUGGAAAAGAUGAUAUUGAGACUGCCAGGACGCGUAUGGGAAAGCUCCUGGACGACGCCACAGUGGAGAAAGUAGUGCAGUUGCUACAAGGGACGAUCUCCUCGGAAGCCGCCGAUGCUCCCUAUCUCGACGUGGACACAGCUAAGAGCCUGAACGCGAAGCUAGCGGAACUUACCCACAACAAGGUCACGUAUUUUGCCACAGGGCCUGCAAAAAUUACAGCCACUGAAAGUAAGCUUUCAGAUAAUCCCAAGGGUAUGCUCAAAGUGUGUGGAAUUCUCAGCGACAGGGAGUACAACUUGGCCCUGGACGCGGUCAGACUAUUAGCAAACCCCGAUCUUUCCGCCUCGGGUAUGCGCAGGUCUAGCCGGCGCAGCGCGCGAAGCUCGGAGGCACAGUGGAAGAGAUGCUUUGCCCAGGUCCGGCAGAACCCGAUAACGAUCUUCCAAGAGACACUUAUGGGAGUUCUACCCGCCAGCCUCAUUGAAGAGGAAAUAUCUGGGGUGAAUCGCAACAUUCUCGCUCCUGAUUACCCUGCUCCGGCGGCGAAGCCACCGUCACCGGCCAAGCCUUCACCACCGGCCAACGGAGAGAAAAUCACAGCCGAGAACCUAGCUAUCAAAGCAAACGGCUUGAGUACGAAUGAGCCGAGACUGGAUGUUUUACCACGAGCUAGUAGUCGUGCCCCAUCGACGGUUGUUGUACGUCACGAAGCUGGCGCAGGCUCGUUCAGAGGCUUUUCUCAACCUCAACGAGAUUCCCGAAGUCUCUAUUCCUACGACGACAUGGAGUUCAUGAGCGACGAAGACGAAUACGAUAUCGAAGCCUUCGAAGAUGACCAUGAAGAAGAAGAGGAGUAUCAGUCGGAUACACGAACUCCAGCUUUCAAAAUACGGUUCUUUCUGGAGCAGUUUACCCCUUUCUUGCAGAGAAGACUUACUUAUAACUCCAUUGUGGAGACUCUAGCCUCCGUGUCCGGGUUCAGCGAUGCCGAUCUUGCCCGGACCCUGCUUGAGAGUGUCAUAACACCUCACGAUCCCCAAGCCGCACCUCAGCGCGUGAUCAAGAACAAAAUCUCGGAACUUCUUGAGAAACUACUCCCGCAAACGAUUUCCAAUGCUCCUGGCGCAAGAUCGACCAGCAGGACAGGUCCGUCGAGGACAGAGAAGAUCGCUGACAUGACGGAGAAGCUCUACGCCAAUGUCUAUGAUCGGUUUGUGAACAAGCGACCCGGCACGUUCAGCUUGAUUGAAGAGAUCAUGUCGAUUACCCAACAAAAGUACUUAAGCUCUAGCACUCUCCUCGAUCAGAUCGUUUCUUUGGCACCUGCGCCGCCACAAUCGGCAAUCGACUUCGUGCUAAAGUCGGUUUCCGACAGCGUCAACUGCUGGCAAGGAUAUUUUGUGCCGCCCGAAUCGGUCAAGGCCGUCUUCAUCGUGACCCAGCCAGAGAAGCCUGAAGAUCUGCGCAUCACCGAGUUUUCAUACACUAGUCAACUAGAUGCAUCCUUGUUCUUGUCAACGAGUGGCCGACUGAUCACUUUCAAACGCAUCGAGGCAUCUGGCACCACCAGAUACGAAAGUGAUCCUGUCCAGUUCAAUAGCGAUAAGAAGUAUGCCAUUCGACUUCCCGGAUCUUGGCUGAAGAACGUCAAUCAUGAAUUCCUCUGGCGAACUUCUGAGACUGGCCGGGCAGAAGAUGUUCCCAAGAAGUCCUUCCGCGCUUGGUGGAAAGGCUACCUUUGUCCCUCGAUCCACGAUGUUUACUCUUUUGCGGUGAGCACUGGGGCUAACAAUGCGGUCAUGAUCCUGAACAAUGAUCGUCAGACGUUCACACAGAAAGAAGGUCAGGCAGAGAUCUGGUCGAGCGAGCUGUCACAGAAACUUGACGCCUCAAGCUUAAAUACACUCGAGCUGCAUGGCUGUGCUAUUUCCGACCUCAAAUGGAAGAUCGGUGGAAACCAGCGUUCUGCGAUCCCUGAGACUGCCCUUCUGCCAGAUCUUGCACCCGCGCAGAUGUAUCUUAUCUUCCUGAAGAUGAAGAAGCUGGCUUUGUUUUUCAAAUCGUUCCGUCUAGGAUCACGCGAAGUAUUGUUCAUGAGAUCGCAGGGAUUGCCACAAGAUGUGAAACCCAGCCUCAACUUCGAUGGCAUCCACAAUGUCCAAGAAUGUAUCAGGAUCCAAAAUUACCUCGCUCUCAAAAAGGCGCUUCCGACUACUGCGCCGCGUUCACUGAUCGACUUGUUCAGCUGGGCGGACGACAAUAAGGAUGAAAAGCCGACGCAAGACGAGCUGAGAUUUCAAAUCUGCUCCGCUACAAGCUGGCCGGAAGAAAGCGUUUCGCACAUGCUCACCAAGCUCAACUACACCACCGGAACGCCGAAGGACUUCCGUGACGCGGAGAUCUUGGCUCGUUUCCAGCGAUCGAUCAAGCUCUCGCAAAAGCUCGAUGUCGACAUCGCUACAUUAAUCGGCUGGGCGAGUCCCAUGGGCACUGCAUCUGACGAAUACUCCGCAUACCACGUAGUUUCUCAGGACAUCCAGCGUAUCGCCAAAUCACGUUUCGACGCUGAUACGUGGGUGAAGGCUGUCCGUCCGAUCAACAACAAGUUGAGAGAAAAGCAGAGUCAAUCUCUCGUGAGCUAUCUCUUGGUUCAGGAGGAGCUCACCAAAGAUAACGAGAUCCAUGACGCGGACGACCUUUUUGAAUAUUUCCUCAUCGACGUACAAAUGACGUCUUUGAUGGAGACCUCACGUGUGGUGCAAGCUACCUCGAGCGUCCAAUUGUUCAUUCAACGAUGCUUCCUGGGUCUCGAAGAAGAUCGUGGUGUGCCGAGCGAUGCUCUCGACCGCAAACGUUGGACUUGGAUGGAGAAAUAUCGCGUUUGGGAAGCCAAUCGCAAGAUCUUCCUCUACCCCGAGAACUGGAUCGAUCCAGCUUUGCGUGACAACAAGACACCGCAGUUCUUGGAGCUCGAGUCGGAGCUCAUGCAGAAGAAUCUCUCGAGCGACACCGUUGACACGAGCAUUCGGCGCUAUGUCUCGAAUGUUGCCAAUAUUUCCAACGUACAAGCUGUGGCUAUGUAUGUGGAGAAAGCCGACGGAUACAAGCCGCAGCGCAUUCACGUUUUCGCUCGCACGAUCGCCUCGCCUUUUCUCUAUCUUUAUAACAAUUUCACGUACGCCGCAGCCGCUUCGGGCUACUGGGCCGGCUGGGAAGAGAUCAAGAUCGAGAUCCCCUUGAUCGCCGGCAUCGCGCGGUGGAUAAAAGUCAAGUCUGACGGCGCCAAGGAAAAACCUACGUUCAGCUAUGAUGAUGCUAAAGAGGUCCCCUACUGCGGUAGCCACCUCGCACCUUAUAUGUUUCGCGGAAGACUUUUGCUCUUCACAUUAGAGGUAACCAGUCGUGCAGUGGCCGCAAAUACGAAAGACGAUCCACCCGAACAAAACUAUGAUAUUCGCCUGAGCUGGACAGAACGUCGAGACGGCGUAUGGACCACACGAAAGUUGUGUCCGGAUCCGGUCGUUCACACGCCCACCAGGACGGUUGUCAAAAAAGAUGAGAUCAAGCUUGCUGCAUUGAACUUUGUGCAUCCUGGCCAGUAUGCGCUUGUCCCGAGUCUUCAAGGCACCGUGCCAGGAAGUGGAGUCAUCCUAUCUUUGGUAUCUGCAAUCGGAUCCAAAGAAAAGCUUGGCACCUGGCUCUUUGACGGCGGCCAGCUUUCUAAAUCUUCCGAGGAAGUCACUUCCUUGGACAAAUUUCAGUACACCAAUUUGUCCUUUGGCAUUAUCGAAGAGACGUCGACCAAUGCACCAUAUAUGGCUUCGCUUCAAUUGGAUGGUUCCUUUGAUACCAGUGCACUCGCGGUGCCACGGAUCGAGGCUUCAUCCUCGUCACGAUCUAAAUUUGACGACAAGUUUGGCCCGUCUAUCAUUUAUGACAACGCCGUAGAGAAAAAGAAGGAAAGCUUCUACAAUGCAAUCGUGGGUGACCUCAUGGCUGAAUUGGCAGGUUCCACUGAUUGUAAAAGGCUCGUCGAAAAGUUGGCUGACGGAAUCGUCAAUGACAAAAAUCUACUCGAUCUAGGCUCGUCAGGGGUGACCACGGCACUCGUCAAUAGAUUUGGUGCUUCCUCCGACGCUCUUGAUGCGUCACAGCUGAAGGACACCAGAACACUGAGCUUCAAUGAGCGGUCGAAGCUCUAUUCCAUCUACAAUUGGGAGCUUGGGCUGCAUAUACCCAUGCUUAUGGCCGACAAAUUGCUGCAAUGUCAGCAAUAUGAAGCAGCACUCAAAAUUUGCCAGCUCAUUUUCGAUCCGUCCGUCAGUAAAGGGGACAACGGUGUGGAUGCUCGAAGAUGCUGGAAGUUUGCACCAUUCCGCGCGGCCAGCACUGCAUCUAUCGAGGAUAUGUUUGUCAAGCUGGCUACCACCCGCGAAGACGAGAACAUGCGCAUCAAAGAGUGGGCAGAUCACCCGUUCCUGCCUCACUUGGUAGCCCGAUCCCGACCUCAGGCCUACAUGAGAUGGGUCGUCAGCACCUACAUCAAGAUUCUCAUCGCCUGGGGAGACUCCCUGUUCAAGCAAGAGACGCUUGAAAGUAUUCCUCAAGCCAUUCAAUUAUACGUGUUGGCUUCACAUGUCUAUGGGCCACGAGGACAGCCAAUCCCGCAGGAGAAGCCACUCAAGCCAGAGACCUUUUGGAGCCUUUGCAAGCGAUACGAUCCAUUCUCCAAUGCUUUGGUGGAGCUUGAGCAAUCCUUCCCUUACAGCAACCAAACGCCUCUAGCUGCAGGUAUGACAGCUGAUGAUGGUGACUUGUACCAAUCUACUAUUUUUGGCUCGGCCGAGACCCUCUAUUUUGCGAUCCCUGACAAUCCCAACAUUCGUGCCCUGGCGGACACGAUCGAUGAUCGGCUUUUCAAGAUUCGCCAUUCGCAGGACAUCAACGGCGUUUUCAGAAAGCUUCCUCUCUUUGCGCCACCCAUUGACCCUGCUCUACUUGUACAAGCAGCUGCUCAAGGCUUAUCCCUUGGCAGCGUACUGCAAGAUCUGCAAGGCCCAUUGCCGAAUUGCAAGCUCACACUUCUCAUAUCGAAAGCUUUCGAGCUCAUCAACGAAGUGCGUGGUCUAGGUCAGGCGCUCCUCUCUAUCCGUGAAAAGAAGGAUUUCGAGCGAUUAGCCGUGCUACGACAACGACAUGAGGUUGCGUUGCAGAAAACCUCAAUGGAGAUGAAAAACAUGCAAUUGAAAGAUGCUCAGCAGUCUCUCGAGAACCUUCAAACCGCUCGCAACGGCGCCGUUAGCAGGCUCUUGUACUAUUUGCAGCUCGUUGGUGGAGAUUUGUCAGCCGUACCCGAUGCCGAGCGCGAAUUUCAGGAGCUGGAUGCCCGGAUCGGAAAGCCGAUCAUGGAGGGUGGACUUGGUCUUUCGAGUCUUGAGCUUUCGUCUAUGGAGAACAACGAGAAAGCCCAUAUCGUCGGUGCCACGGCGAGCGGUGUCUUGGCUGCUGCCGGUAUCCUGGAAGUUUUGCCACAAACAUCGGUGCAAGGUCAACCGUUGGGUGUCGGCAUCACUACCGAAUUCGGUUCGAGAAACAUUGCCGCAGGAGUGAAAGUGGCAUCUAGCAUUAUCGGGCUCGCUGGCGAGAUAAUUGGUCAGAAAGCGGGUAUGAUGGCGACAAAGGCAGGCCACGAGCGAGCCCUCCAGGAGCGCGUAUCUCAGGCCAAUGCAGCUGGACACGAAGUGGUCAAUGUUAACAAACAGAUCAUUUCGGCCAAGAUUCGCGUCGACAUGGCACAGAAAGAGAUUGCCAUGCAACAACAACAGAUGGAUCAGAGCGAAGAAAUUUCAACCUUCCUUCGUGAGAAAUAUUCAACAGCUGAUCUCUACGGAUGGAUGGAUGGUGUCACCAAGACUCUGUACCAUCAAUAUUACACUGAAGCUUUCGCAUUGGCGAAGAAAGCAGAACUGGCAUAUCGCUACGAACGCCCGCAAAAGUCCUCUGAUGCAUACAUUCAAGCUGGAUACUUUGAUUCGGCACAUGACGGCUUGCUAGCUGGUGAGAAUCUCUUCCGCGACCUCAAGCGUCUGGAGCGUGCUUAUUUGGAAGAACGUGGCCAUUCCUUCGAGGUGACUAAGUCGUUCUCGCUGCGAAUGCUUGACCCGGCACAACUACUGCUCCUCCGCCAGAGUGGUGAAUGCGAGAUCGUCCUCCCAGAGCUUCUCUUCGAUAUGGACUUCCCAGGGCAGUACAUGCGUCGAAUCAAAUCCGUCAGCGUGACUGUCCCUUGUGUUGUUGGACCGCACACUGCACUCAACGGCACGCUGACCCUGACAUCGAGUGAAUACCGCAUCAGUCCAGCACGACCCGACUCAUAUACCAAGGAUGCGGAUGACAGCAACGGCACCGGUAGUGGUGGUCGUUUCGCGUCUGUGACCGCGCCAAUCUCGGCCAUUUCCGUGAGCAACGCACAGAACGACUCAGGUGUCUUCCAACUCGACUUUAGCGAUUCCAGUACGCGAUACCUUCCCUUUGAAGGGGCUGGGGCCAUCUCGAAAUGGACGCUAGAAUUGCCCGAGCUUCGACAAUUCGACUACGAGACAAUUUUCGAUGUCGUACUGCAGAUGCGUUAUACUGCACUCUUCGAUGGAGGUCUCCGCGGGGGUGCGCACAAAGCCGUCGUCGAUGCUUUCAAAGUCGCGACCGAGUCUACCGCAAUCAUAGGCCGUACAGCCAUCUUUGACGUCCGUGCAGAAUAUGCCACGGCAUGGGCGAGCCUUCGGAAAGACGUGAAGACAGAACAAAGGUUGAAUCUAGGAGAUCUUUCCACGCGUCUGCCCUUCUUUGCCCGGCAGCCAGGCCUCAAUCGCAAGGUCAAGAAUGUCACGCUCUCUAUGGACGUGGCUAUACUUGGUGCAAAUAUCUCUAUGGGGGCUGGUGAACCGGCGCCUUUUGAUGUCAAAAAGACUCCCGUCAUCGCCAGCGAGUUGAAGGACAAACCAUUUGGAACAGAUUGGACGUUGUCAAUCACUCUGGGCGAUGAUGGCAAACCUAGCAGGUGUAUGCUGCUGGUCGAGUACGGUGUUGACCUUCCGUAG